AUGAUUAGAAGACAAGCCAGAGAGAGAAGAGAAUACCUAUACAAAAAAUCUCUUGAGCUACAAGAGCAAGCUCAGCUUGAGAAAAGACAAAAAUUGAAGGCAGCACUCGCGUCUGGAAAACCUCUUUCUAAAGAACUUAGUGAAGACGUUGAACUUCACAAAAACUUUCGUUUUGACGAAAGUGAACAAGCUGAAAUUGAUGACGAAUACCUGGCACUCAGUGGUGUGAAUGACCCAAGAAUAAUUGUUACUACAUCUAGAAACCCGUCUGUGAAGUUGCUACAGUUCUCGAAAGAGAUCAAGUUGAUGUUCCCAAACUCCAUGAAGCUAAAUAGAGGUAACUAUAUUAUUCCUGAGUUGGUGAAGUCUUGUGCGAGAGCCGCAAUCAACGACUUGAUCGUUCUUCACGAACACAGAGGUGUUCCCACAUCUUUGACUGUCUCACAUUUUCCCCACGGUCCAUCUGCCAUUUUCACUUUGCAUAACGUCAAAUUGAGACAUGAUUUGCCCAACAUUGGUAAUAUUUCAGAAGUUUAUCCGCAUUUAAUUUUUGAGAACUUUACCACAAGAUUGGGGCAGAGAGUGGUAAAAAUUUUAAAGCAUUUGUUUCCACCAGGGGCGAAAAAGGAUAGUUCAAGAGUUAUCACAUUCAUCAACAAUGAUGAUUUCAUUAGUGUCAGACACCACGUUUAUGUGAAAACCAAAGACGGCGUGGAGUUGAGUGAAGUUGGACCAAGAUUCGAAAUGAAGCUCUAUGAAUUGAGAUUGGGCUUGAUUGACAAUAAGGAUGCCGAUGUUGAGUGGAAGGUCAGAAGGUUUGUCAGAACAGCAAACAGAAAGAACUAUUUGGCUGAGUAG